CUCUUCCAGCUGCGUGGCCGGGGCGUCAUCUCGCGCUCCCAACAGCCCUGUAACCACCAACUGCCAUUAUUCCGGCUGGGACCCAGGACUUCAAGCCAUGUGGCGCGUCCUGUUUCUGCUCAGCGGGCUCGGCGGGCUGUGGAUGGACAGUAAUUUUGAUAGUUUACCUGUGCAAAUUACAGUUCCGGAGAAAAUACGGUCAAUAAUAAAGGAAGAAAUUGAAUCGCAGGUAUCCUACAAAAUUGUAAUUGAAGGGAAACCAUACACUGUGAAUUUAAUGCAAAAAAAUUUUUUAUCCCAUAAUUUUAGAGUUUACAGUUAUAAUGGCACAGGAAUUAUGAAACCACUUGACCAAGAUUUUCAGAAUUUCUGCCACUACCAAGGGUAUAUUGAAGGUUAUCCAAAAUCUGUGGCGAUGGUUAGCACAUGUACUGGACUCAGGGGCUUACUACAGUUUGAAAAUGUUAGUUAUGGAAUAGAACCCCUGGAGUCUUCAGUUGGCUUUGAACAUGUAAUUUACCAAGUAAAACAUAAGAAAGCAGAUGUUUCCUUAUAUAAUGAGAAGGAUAUUGAAUCAAGAGAUCUGUCCUUUAAAUUACAAAGCAUAGAGCCGCAGAAAGAUUUUGCAAAGUACAUAGAAAUGCAUGUUGUAGUUGAAAAACAAUUGUAUAAUCAUAUGGGGUCUGGUACAACUGUUGUCACACAAAAGAUUUUCCAGUUGAUUGGAUUGACGAAUGCUAUUUUUGUUUCACUUAAUAUUACAGUUAUUCUGUCUUCAUUGGAGCUUUGGAUAGAUGAAAAUAAAAUUGCAACCACUGGAGAUGCUAAAGAGUUAUUACACACAUUUUUAAGAUGGAAAAGAUCUUAUCUUGUUUUACGUCCUCAUGAUGUGGCAUUUUUACUUGUUUACAGAGAAAAGUCAAAUUAUGUUGGUGCCACCUUUCAAGGGAAGAUAUGUGAUGCAAACUAUGCAGGAGGCGUUCUUCUGCACCCCAGAACCAUAAGUCUGGAAUCUCUUGCAGUUAUUUUAGCUCAAUUAUUGAGCCUUAGUAUGGGGAUCCCUUAUGAUGACAUUAACCAGUGCCGGUGCUCAGCAGCUGUCUGCAUUAUGAAUCCAGAAGCAAUUCAUUUCAGUGGUGUGAAGAUCUUUAGUAACUGCAGCAUCGAAGACUUUGCACAUUUUAUUUCAAAACAGAAGUCCCAGUGUCUUCACAAUCAGCCUCGAUUAGAUCCUUUUUUCAAACAGCAAGCCGUGUGUGGUAAUGCAAAGCUGGAAGCAGGAGAGGAGUGUGACUGUGGGACCCAACAGAAUUGUUUCCUUCUUGGAGCCAAAUGCUGUGAUACUGCCACAUGUAGAUUUAAAGCCGGUUCAAAUUGUGCUGAAGGACCAUGCUGUGAAAAUUGUCUAUUUAUGUCACAAGAAAGAGUAUGUAGGCCUUCCUUUGAUGAAUGCGACCUCCCUGAAUAUUGCAAUGGAACAUCUGCGUCAUGUCCAGAAAACCACUUUAUUCAGACUGGGCAUCCGUGUGGACCGAAUCAAUGGCUCUGUAUAGAUGGAGUUUGUAUGAGUGGGGAUAAACAAUGUAUGGACACAUUUGGCGGAG